AUGGCGAAUUAUCUUGCUAAUGGGUAUGUGAUGAAGGAUAUGAGUGCCCAACAAAGAAAGAAGUUGAUUAGGGAUGUGAAGAAGUAUAUUUGGGAUGAUUCUUUCCUCUUUAGGAUAGGAGUAGAUCGCAUUCUUAGGAGGUGUGUUAGCAAAGAAGAGGGGUGGGAUAUUCUUAGGCAUGUGCAUGAGGGGUUGACGGGAGUUGAGGAUGCGUUAGAAAUCGUUAGGACGUGUGAUGCUUGCCAAUGGACCGACAAUAUUUCAUCCAAGAAUGAGAUGCCUCAAAAUCCCAUUCAAAUUCUCGAAAUCUUUGACGUUUGGGGCAUUGACUUCAUGGGACCUUUCCUCUCCUCGAGUGGGAAUAGGUACAUCCUCGUGGCGAUAGAUUACGUUUCGAAGUGGGUUAAAGCUCAAGCUUUGCCUACAAACGAUGCCCGGGUAGUGGUGAAAUUCUUAAAGAAGUUGUUUACUCGAUUCGUUAUACCCAAAGCAUUCAUUAGUGACCGAGGAUCACAUUUUUGCAAUGCCGCGAUGGAGAAGGUGUUAGAGCGUUAUGGAGUUACUCACCACCGAGCGCUUUGGGCUCUUAAAACCAUCAAUUUUGAUCUAACUCUCGCGGCUAUGAGGAGGUACUUCCAAAUCCAUGAAUUAGAGGCCCUUACAAAUGCGGCGUAUGAGCGUUCUUGGAAUAUUAAAGAGAAAACGAAAGCAUUGCAUGAUAGGAGGUUAAAGGAUUUGAAGGAGUUUAAAGUUGGUGAUAAAGUGCUUCUCUAUAAUUCAAGGUUCAAAUUAUUUCCCGAAAAAUUGAAGUCUAAAUGGACGGGACCUUAUGUGGUGAAGGAGGUGUUCGCGUACGGCGCGAUUGAGUUGUUUGAUGAAGUUACAAAGGGAUCUUGGAAGGUGAAUGGCCAUAGAUUGAAGCAUUACUUAGGUGGCCCGAUUGACAAGACCGAGAGGGAGGAAACUCCUCUCGAAGACAUUCCAAAUACCACCGUUUAG